AUGGCGCUCGACCGCUUGAAGCAAGCAGCCUCGCACAUUACGGGUGUUGGAGAGCCACCACACCCAUUUGAUCCUUUGAGCGAGUCGGAGAUUGAACGCGCAGUCGCUAUCAUCCGGAAAGAGCACAGCGAUGUGUUCUUCAACGCCAUCACCUUGUUAGAGCCGCGUAAAGCGGAGAUGAUGAAUUGGCUGAAAGAUCCUGAGCACACUCCACGACCACAUCGAGUUGCUGAUGUAGUCUGCAUUGGCCGCGGCAGCAAAGUGUAUGAUGGACACGCAGAUUUGACCGAAGGCAAGAUCAUCAGCUGGGCGCUGACUGAUGAUGUUCAGCCACUUAUCACAAUGGAAGACCUGCAGAUUGUGGAGACGAUUGUGCGGAAAGACCCAAAGGUCAUCGAACAAUGCGGUCUGAUUGGCAUUCCACCAGAGGACAUGCACAAAGUGUACUGCGAUCCCUGGACGAUUGGUUACGAUGAGCGAUUCGGCACCAAAGUUCGUCUCCAGCAAGCGCUCAUGUACUACCGCCCACACCCCGAUGACUGUCAAUACACGUACCCAUUGGAUUUCUGCCCAAUCUACAACUCCGAUACCCAGGAGAUCAUUCACAUUGACGUCCCACCAGUUCGUCGACCGCUGAAUCAGGCCCCGCCAAACAACUAUCACGCAGCUGCUAUCGAGGCUGAAGGUGGUUUCAAGACAGAUUUGAAGCCCAUCAACAUCACACAGCCGGAAGGCGUCUCAUUUAAAUUGGACGGCAGAUACAUCAGCUGGGCGAACUGGAAGUUCCACAUUGGCUUCAACUACCGCGAGGGCUUGGUUUUGUCCAACAUCACGUUCGACGACAAGGGCACCGUUCGCGAUACCUUCUGGCGCCUAUCGCUCGCAGAGAUGGUCGUACCUUAUGGCAACCCAGAACACCCACAUCAGCGUAAGCACGCGUUCGAUCUAGGAGAAUAUGGCGGUGGCUACAUGACCAACUCACUUAGCCUGGGCUGUGACUGCAAGGGCGCAAUUCACUACAUGGACGCUGCUUUUGUCAACCGAGCGGGCCAGGCUACAACGAUCAAGAAUGCUAUCUGCAUUCAUGAGGAAGAUGCCGGUAUCCUGUUCAAGCACACAGACUUCCGAGAUGACAGUGUUACUGUUACUCGUGCUCGCAAACUCAUCAUCUCGCAAAUCUUCACAGCUGCAAACUACGAGUACUGCGUAUACUGGAUCUUCCAUCUUGACGGAACCAUCCAGCUGGAGAUCAAAUUAACCGGUAUCUUGAACACCUACGCGAUGCUUCCAGGCGAAGAUUUGAAGGGCUGGGGAACUGAGGUGUACCCCGGAGUGAACGCGCACAACCAUCAACAUCUCUUCUGCAUGCGCAUUGAUCCCAAUAUUGAUGGACCAGAGAACACCGUCUUCAUGGUCGAUGCGAUGCGUGGCGAAGGCGAAGUCGGUAGCGCGGAAAACAAGUACGGCAACGCUUUCUACGCGAAGAAGACGAAACUCAGCACCCCUGAGCAGGCGGCAACUGACUACAAUGGCGGAACGAGCAGAACAUGGGAGAUGGCCAAUACGAACAAGCUCAACCCAUACAGCAAGAAGCCAGCUUCCUACAAGCUGGUCAGCAGGGAAGUGCCUGAUCUGCUACCAAAGCCUGGAAGUUUGGUAUGGAAGCGCGCCGGUUUCGCGAGACAUGCGGUACAUGUCACGAAGUACGACGACACACAACUCCACCCAGCAGGCCGUCACGUCCCCCAGACUUCUGGUGAGCCAUCCCAAGGCAUACCCGCCUGGAUCGAAGCCAACCCAAACGAAAACCUCGACAACACCGAUGUCGUACUGUGGCACACAUUCGGAAUCACGCAUUUCCCUUCACCGGAAGACUUCCCGAUUAUGCCUGCUGAGCCCAUGACGCUACUGCUGCGACCGCGCAACUUCUUCACACGUAAUCCUUGUAUGGAUAUUCCGCCUAGCUAUUGCAGCGUUCCGAGUGGUGUUAAGCAGGGAAGUACGCUUGUGGAUAAGUUGAGUCGCAUGGCGUUUGGGGAGGAGAAGAAGCCUGAGAGCAAGGCGGAUGCGAGUUGUUGCUCGGAUCAGAAGUUUGGUGCGGGCCCUGAGGAUGUUCCUGCCGAUUUGGACGGCCCACCAUCCGAACCCGCAAUGCCCCGCGCAUUCCCACCCGUAGAGCAAAAUGAUAAAACGAAACGAGCAAACGUGCCAAGGAGCGCCCUAUCUGCAUCUCUGGUUGAGAGCGUAGCUGGCUUCAGCGCUGGCGUUGUCUCUUGUCUUGCUGCCCACCCACUCGACUUGCUGAAGAACCGCCUUCAACUCAACACGACCAGUCGAUCGCGACCUGGCGACUCAUACCGCAUUCUACGAAACGUGAUUCGAGAUGAAGGAGGCGUACGAGCACUAUACAGAGGACUAUGGCCGAACCUUCUCGGCAACAGUCUGGGUUGGGGUCUAUACUUUCUGUUCUACGGAAACCUUAAAGAAUUGUUCCAAAGUAGGAGGCAGAAGGGCGAGCAUCUGGGAAGUGCCGAGUUCUUCUCCGCAAGUAUCAUCGCUGGUCUCCUCACCGGUGCCUGCACGAAUCCUAUCUGGGUCGUGAAAACGCGCAUGCUCGAGCGUGGCGCAAACCACCCUGCCGCAUACAAGUCCAUGAAGAUUGGCCUCCAACACGUAUACGAAACCCGAGGACUGAAGGGGCUUUGGGCAGGCUUCCUGCCUUCGUCGCUGGGUGUGCUGCACGGCGCCGUACAGUUCAGCAUAUACGAGAACAUGAAGAAGAGAAGGGGGACGCAUAUCGGCGGGCAAGACAAGCUGAGCAAUUGGGAAUACGUCUAUAUGAGCGGUGGAAGCAAGCUACUUGCUGGAGCAAUCACGUACCCGUACCAACCUAUACGGGCGCGGUUGCAGCAAUACAACGCUGCACAGCAGUAUAAUGGGCUGCUAGAUGUGCUCAGGAAGACGUACCAGAACGAAGGGUUCCUGGCGUUUUACAAGGGUGUUAUACCCAACACGCUACGAGUCAUCCCAACAACAGUCGUCACGUUCCUAGUAUACGAGAAUACGAAACUAUAUCUACCGAAGAUGUUUGCGGAUGACGAGCAUCAAAGCCAUGAUGAAGAUUAG